ACGAAAGACCCGAUCCAACGUGGCUAGUCGAAGUAGAUUGUUGGCAUUUUACAGUGCCGUGAAUUAGUCUGUAUUGUCGAUUAGUACCUCAUUCAGUGACGGACGCUACCGCUGAUUUCAUCCAAAAAUGCGAAUACAUUCAAUUAUUCUACUCGGUCUUUGUUGCACCAUGACGCUAGCCCAGGAUCGUGUUCCUGAGGCUCGCCUCCUCUGCCUCAAGAAGGUGCUGAAUCGCUACCUGGUAGAGAAUCGCGAUGUGUCAAUUGACUACGAAUUAUAUAACGUAGGUGAUGCGACGGCAGUCGACGUGCAGCUUAAGGAUCGCACCUUUCCGCCCACGGACUUUGACGUUGUUUCGGGCUCGCUUGAAGCGACCUUCCCCAAGAUCUUACCUAACACGAAUAUCACACAUUCCGUUGUGGUCCGGCCGAAUAAAUACGGCAUGUUCAACUUCACCGCUGCUGAAGUUGAGUACAAACUGAGCGAGGCUGCUAACGCCGAAGUGCGUCAUUCCCUAACUACGGAGCCUGGUCAGGGUGGCAUCAUGCCCGAGGUCGAGUUUGAACGCCGUUUCUCGCCACACUAUCUUGACUGGGUUGUAUUUCUGCUUCUAUGCAUGCCAUCGCUACUUGUGCCGUUCCUUCUAUACAAUUCGUCGAAGUCGAAAUACGAAAAUCUCGCCAAAAAAGCCAAAUGAAAAUGGGAAUUCGUGGAAUGUUUAUCUACAGCUAACACAAAUUUAUUCGAAUGUUAUCAGGAGCGUAAAAAGUUCCCACGAUGCGUUCAGGAACCAAUACAUAACAUUGUUUAUUAUCCUGCCGCACUGCGAGCUACUCAACAUUCAAUUAAUGCGGUUCCGUGAUGAUACUUAAAGGUGCAAGAUAGCAAACGAUUUGAAGUCAAUCAAGAAUAUAGCUCCGUACAAAAAGCGCAAAAAUAGGCACCUGAAAAUGAAAUUUCGCGCAAAUCUGUGCGAGAUCGCACAUCAGAAUCAUCGGAUGAAGAUCAGAUCUGCGCUCGCAGUGCAUACAAAAGAUGAAAACCAUCUGGGGGUGUAUGUGUGAAUGCGUGUCUGUGCGAACUACAACUGACGUAUGUGAUUACAUUGAGACGACAGAAGCGCGCUAAAUGUGAGGAAACACGCCUGUGUGGUAGACGGCUACUGAAAGCCUUAUACGAUCGUUGAGAAUUUAGGGGGUUGAACAUAAGAGCAUCAAGCCAACAUAAGCUUUGUGGAUAUUGGUGUAGUCAAGCUGCUUGCUACUAAUGGGACACCUAGUGUCAGAAAGGAUUUAUAAGAACGAAGUGACACGGAAAUAACACGUUCUUUUCCAAUGAAGAAAAAGGUUAGAUGAGAGGGAAGAAGAAAAGAAGGGGGGCGCGAAUUAUAUUGAAGCGAAUGAGGACGAUGAAAAUUAAGAAUACCAUGAUGCUUAAAGAUUGUUUCUAUUUAGGUGCUGUAUGGAGUGUGUAACGGCAAAGGUAACCUGUACAAUAAAAUCAUUUUUAUACU